CAGUAGCCCCGAUAACCUGAAUCAGGAACAUGACCCACGUAAUGAAGUGUAUGUUAGGCUCAUGUCCAUUUCACAACUGUACUUAACUUGCAACCGAGCCGUCUCACCUGUUCCGACUCUUUUUCUGCUCAGAGAGAAGUUUUGUUUAAGCGACCAUGUCUUAUCUUGUGUCAUUACAAUGUGUCCCAAAGCUAUCCAAAGUAUUGCUGUUCCUAGUGCUCUUCACCUCAUUUUUGUGUGGAACAGCGUUUUCGGGUGAUUCAUCAGCAAAUAGUAACAUUAGGUUGAAUUCUUCUCAGUCUGCCAAUCAGAGUGGUUCAAAUGUGGUGAAUUCAAGUUUUCAAAAAUCUGUAGUAUCCCAGUCCUUGUCAAGUCAAACCAACUCCAGUUUGGAGCUUCCUAAACAGUUAACCAAUUCUAAUAGUGACCCAUCUAAGUCUGAUUGUAAAACGGAGCCCUGCCCAUCUGCUGGUGUGAAACAGAAUGAUUCUAAGUCAUUAAAAAAUACUACAAAUCAAGAAUCAACAAAUCCGGAAGAGGGUUCAGUUGGCCCUAAUGAUCCAAGCGCAGACAAGAAACUAAAUCCAGAGGCUUUGAUGAGAGGAUUUUACGUUUUUGUUGGACUAAGCGCAAUAGUCAUGGCAUAUAUUGCUUGGAAAAGUUUUGGAAAAAGACCAGCACAGGUUCACAGGUACGGUGUCAUAGCUAAUCGAGAAGAUUUGGAAAUGGCACCUCUUGAUUCUGAUGAAGGGGAUGAUGAUGACACAACCCAUUUUGACCUCAGCAAGCAUAGACUGACUUGAGUAAAGGUUGUGGGGCUCUGACUGUUCAAAAUUAUGUGUUGUAUUGUGGUAAGAGUCAAUAUUAACUAGAGGACACACUCCUGUUGGAAACUUGUUGCUAUUCACAUUCUCCCAAAAGUUAGCUUACUCUUAAAAUGCUUCUAAUAAUGAGACUGCUGUUUAUGUUCCAUAUGUGAAGUUCCAAAUUUACGUCUGUAAAUGACUAAUUUAAUGUGAGCCAGAUGUCCUGAAUGGGUCUUAGUCUACAGCUAUGUACCUGACACUAUAGAUUGAUAAAGAUGCUGGUUGCAGCUCAAAACUUGUGAUUAUUACCUAAGACUUCUAAGCUUGUUUAAGUUUGUUUCUUACAAUGUUUAUUUUUAUGUAAUUUUUAUGUAUUUGCCGUGAGCCAGAAGAUGCCUUUUAAUAUGACGUGGUCCCGUAAUCAUGUUGUGAAGAUUUGUCUCUUAAAGAGUAUAGUAGUGUUCCCACUUAAAGAUAUGCUAAAAAUUGUUACUGUAAUUUUGAGCCUACAUGUUGCAUAUGAGGGACCAGAAUGAAUGCAGUAACCUCUUGUUGUGGGCUUCAUGUGAUAAUUUAGAAAAACUGAACCGACAGAUUAGGUUCCAAUCAAAAAUCAUAAAACUACAGGCUAAUUUUAAGGGGUAGUUGCACUAAUCCAGACAUUUUCUCAAGGCAAUACGAAUCUUAUUGUAUCAAAAGGUGUGGUGUCACAUUGACCCACAGUUUCAUGCCAGAGUUCCAGUUGGUAGUUUCCCUCAGUGUGCAAGCUCAGAAAACAGAUUUUUUUAGAAAUUUGUCAAAUUGACGUUACAUUCAGAUGUUCAAUUUCACCAAGACAAAUCACAGGUUAUUUCUGUGAUGUGACUUUGGUAUAAAUAAAUUAGGCAUUUUUCAGCAUAUUUAAAAUUAAUAACUUUCAUAAAUAUUAAUGCCAAAUUCGAGGUUUUAGAAUUCAAAACUUACAGCAAAAUUUUCAAAAAUAUUAGAAAAAUGAGUUUAAGUUUGCUUUUUAAUUCGGGAAGCACAUUUCAGCCUAUACUGUAAAACCUGGACGAGAGUUGCUUGAGACUGAGGUUUAAGCCUAUUAAACCCAGGUAUUCUUUAUAACAAGAUACUUUGUUAUAAAAAUUUUGGUUGGUUCCCUAGAAAACUCACUACCGGUAUGUAAGGAGAUAUUCUUACUAUCCAGGUUUGUCUCUCAGGAACCAUUGCACCUGGAAGGCUUCGGUGAUUUAAGCUCAAUAGGCAAAGUAGCCAUUAGGCAAAACCAGAAAAUUUUCGUCUAGGUUGGUCACUGUGACACUAACCCGUGUGUAGAUAAAAACUCAAAUGGAUUAUUGUUUAUCGGUUUAACAGCAAGAAGAUCAGUCAUUCAAGAUUUUGCCUGCAUCAAGUACACAGCUUGUGGAAUUGAAUUUCUACCUCUUAACAUUGUAUGCCUCAAAAUGCAUGAGGAUACAAGCAGUGUACUUAUUGGAUGGAAAGAAUGCUUAAUAAACUUCUAAUUAAACUGAAA